CUCUUUGAGGCCCUUUUCAAAACAAAGCUGAAAGCCCCAACCAACAAAACAGAACAACUUAGAUCUCGCCUAAAAACGACGCCACAGAACCAUGACGAAACUUCUCUCUCUUUUCUCUCUCUUCCUUCUCAUUUCUCUCUCCUCCGCCCAAACCCCCCCAACCGCCGCCCACGUCGAGCUUACCAACUACGGCUUCCCUAUCGGUCUUCUCCCUUCCUCCGUCCUCAACUAUACUCUCAAUCUGUCCUCCGGUGACUUCUCUGUCGACUUCGGUGGCACGUGUCAAGUCACGCUGCCGCCCGAUAACUACUUGGCCACCUACUCGAAAAAGGUGACCGGCAAGAUUGUUAAGGGUCAGAUCGCGAAGCUGGAAGGGAUUCGGGUCUGGGCAUUCUUUAAAUGGUGGUCUAUAACAGGGAUUAGGUCUAAUGACGAGGAUUUGGUGUUUGAAGUUGGGAUGGUUACCGCUAAAUAUCCAUCGAAUAACUUCAACGAGACUCCUGAGUGCGAGGGCAAGCACUCAGCUUCUUAAUUCAAAAGAGGUUCGCCUGCUGUUCCAUUGAAAGGUUCUGUUUGGAGUAUCAGUGAUAUUAUUUCAUAUUAUACCUUCUUAGGCCAGAGGGCAUUAGGUAGAUCAAAUAAUUUAUAAGCAGGCAGUUUUAUUGUCUAGAAUACAAGGAUUACAAACCUCAUAUGUUUGUUCAAGUUUUAUCUGUAUAUUUGCCACCGAUUAUCUGAAGUAAUGUUAAGUUUCUGUCUUACUAUA